AUGGUGAAGUGGUACCCUACAGAAGACUUCAAAAAGAUCAAAACAAAGGAAGAACAGAAACCUACACGAAUUAGAGGUGCCAUCACCCCUGGCCAGGUUUUAAUCCUCCUUGCUGGUAAGCACCAAGGCAAAAGAGUUGUCUUCAUCAAACAACUUGAAAGUGGAUUGCUAUUGGUAACUGGGCCAUACAAGCUUAAUGGAGUUGCACUUAAACGAAUUCCUCAGGCUUACACCAUCCCUACAUCAACAAAGCUCGAUAUUUCUGGCUUACUCUCCCAAUGAUUAGAGAGGCUUUUUAUGCCUCUUAUUUUUUAUUCUGAAAAAAUCUAUAAUUUUUUCGCUUAUUAUAAAUUAGGGUCGUUAGACACUUCAGAUAUCACUGAUGCCUUCUUUGCUAAAGAAAAGAAAAAGGCUGCUAAAAGCGAGGAACAGUUCUUUGUUGCAAAGCCAAGCAAAAAAGAAGUCCCAGAGUUCAAGAAAGCUGCACAGAAAAAACUCGAUGGAAGUAUUGCUUCAGCUAUUAAGGAUCCUUUGGUCAAGAAAUAUUUAUCGACGAAAUUUAGACUGAGAAAUGGAAUGUUCCCACAUUUGCUUAAGUUUUAA